CCAUGCAUGGUGCUUGAGAUACUGAAAUGACUACGGCAAGUUUACCCAGGGUUCCCGAGGGACUACGGGACCUAAUGAAGGUCUAUACCAAGGAGGUGUUACGUGAAAAGCCGGCUGACUUGUAUGGCUUUUCGGCCAGCUUUUUCAACAUGAUUGUUGGUGAAAAAUCGCAUCAAUCGGUGCGAAAAUACGAACCGGUGCAAACUUACGAAACCAUCAUGAAAAACCGCAUACGUCAGCAGGUGCCCCUAUCCAUGGUGUUCAAUAUUAUACCGGAAAAACUCACCGACCUAAUCAAGCAAUUUAUAAAAGCAGUUCUUAGGGAGAAACCCGAUAACAUAUACAUAUUCGCACAGGAGUACUUUCAGCGGAUGUCCAAGGAAAAGUCGGGUCGAAUCGAGUACAGCAAGUACGCGUCCUACGAAAAGUCGUUGAAGGACAAAGAAAACGUAGCUCCUGCAUCGAAAGUGACCUGUGAGUGUGGUCGAGUACUGAGUGCUAAUAAGAAGGAAGUGGGAAACACCGCCUCCGUAUAUACAGACAACAAAUUGGCCGAGGCCGAUCAGCGAACAUUUUCCAGCAGAAUUACCUACAUACAAUCGGUCGUCAUCAUUCAACGACAUUUUCGCCGAUAUCUCAGCCAGCGGAAAAUAGCUCGCAAUAAGGACAAAUGCAAUAGCGUCGAGUACGUGGCAGCUGUCCUCCUCAUUCAAAGGCAGGUGCGUCGCUAUUUGGCCACGAAGCGAGUGGAAAAACUUAAAAAUUCACGUGACGCACAAAAACCCGAUGAUAAGCCCAAAGCUGCCGACUAUAUGAGAGCCGUUGUGGUCAUACAACGACAUUAUCGCAUAUAUUUGAAAAAGAAGCGGGCGCAAAAUCGAUUGCAGCACGGCCCAGUAUCCCUAGCAACAGCAGCCAUCAUAAUCCAAAGAGCCUUCCGCAGAAUGGUGGCACGUCAUAGGGCCAAGAGAACCACAUCCACCGGCACAGAUCAGGCCGAGGAACUCAAUGACAAUGCCUCCGAGACCGGAUCCUACACAUCCGUCUCCACCGCCCUGCUUUCCACGGAAUCCACCGAGCUGGGAAUGGCCAACUUCGAGGAACGAGUCCAUCAAAAAAUAAUUCACGAGGACGAGGAAGUGGAGAACAGCAAUGUAGAUGGCAGCCUUGAGAAGGAGUAUUUUGAGGAAGACCAUAAAGGCGAGCGAAAGUCGAUGAAUUUACGGAAAAGCGAAAUUCUUAGCGGUGCCCUAAUUGAAAGCAUGAUUUGCAAACCUGAUUUGCCAAACAUCAAGGAUUUGAACGAAUCAAAAGAAUUAGAUGUUGAAUUGGAGAAAAAUGAGCACCCAGCUAAACUUGAAGAACACAUUGCCGAUGAGAAGAUAACUAUUCAAGAUCCUGAACCGGAAGUUAAAGUUGAUAAUAAAAGAAGUCUAGACCUAGAAAUGAUGCCUAAAAUCGAAGUGAAAGCUGAAAAUAAAUCUAAGGUUUUUCAGUCGACAAGCGAGGAUCAAGUGAAUUCUAAUAAAAGCAGCUUGGAUGUGGAACCGGAAACGCCAGUGGAGUCCAUGGAUAUACCCGCUACAGAAGAUCCAGAUAGCAAAACUGAGGAUGAAAUUAAUGCGGAUCCAAUCAACUCCGACUCUAAUCAAGUCCCAGAAAGUAAAUUAAUAGAAAGAAUUGCGGAAUCGGAAUAUAAAGCUGAAGAUCCAAGCAGUGAUCUACUAGAAGAAGUUUGCGAAAGUGUAGAAUGCACAUUACCUAGUAAAAUUGAGAAAAAUGAAAGUGAUGAUGUACAAGAAAAUAUUAUGGAACAGACUAUCGCCUCAUCUGAUGAAGUGAAAAAUGGCGAAAAAGAAAACACAAUUUUUUCGUCCAGUGAAAUAGUUCCGCCGCCUAAAGUUCUAAACUCUGAAAGCCAAUUGCAGGAAGUUCCAAUUAAAAGCGAUAUUACUCCCACAGUUUCGAUUGAAAUCGAACAUGUUGAAGACAUUGUAGACGAUUCUUUAGAGGGAGCUCAUGAUUCUAAAGCUAACGAUUUGACUGAAGGGGUAUCGGCAGCAGAACAGACCAAGAGUAUCCAAAAUGUAGAAGUAGACAGCUUGAAGAGCAUCCUAGUCAAUCAUAAUCUAGAAGUUCGUGAGCAAGACGACAUAAUUGUGCAAGCAUCUGCAGCGAUACAAACGAUUGUUUCAGAUGAGGCUACCCAAUCUUCAGAUACACAUGAAAAGAUUCGAGAAAAGAGAAGCAUUAAAGAUGAAGAAACUGUUCAACCCAAUUUGGAAUCUCAGAAGGAGUUGAUUACCGAAAGUCCAGUGGAUCAGAUCGAUAUUCAUAUAAACAAUGAACAGAAACAGGAGUUGGGUGGACAAUCGGAAAUAAUACCUAAAGUGGAAGAUGUGCAGAAAGCAGCACCAAAUAAUAAAGAAGAUAAUGUUGAUGAAGGCAGCACUGAAGAAGUAGAGAUAAAUAAAGAAGAACCAUUAGAAGAAAUCCUUGAAACACCAAAACAUGAAAUAUCACUGGACAAAGUGCUCGAAACUGACCCCAAUACAGAUGAUCAUGAACUGACAGAAACGAGCCGCGAAGAAAUGAUGGAUUUUCCACCUGAAGAUAAAAUAGUUGAUCCAAGCUCAGCAGAGAAAACUCUCUUGCCAGAUGUUAAAAAAGAAACCAAAUCCAUGAAUGAAUCAGAAGCGACAAAAGAGGUCUCUGGACUUGUAAUACAUUCCAAAACGGAUUUAGCAGAACAAAACCUUACAACAAAUUUAGAAGAAUUGGAUAAACCUCCGUUUGAUGACACCCCGAAGGAACUAGAAAACUUACAGGAUAAAAUGAAAAAACCAUCACAAGAGGAAAUCAUUUUAUUAGAAUCUGAAAGUUUAGAAACUAAUGUAUCAUCUUCAGCUAAAAACAGCAUUCUUAGUAAAAACAAUUCUGAAGAAAAUAAUCCACAAAAUGUAGAAGUCAUUACUGAACCGACUGAGUUGAAAAAGGAAACAGACUUAUUAGCUUAUCACAUUUCUGAGAAAUCGUUAGAAGAACUUGAUGACAAUGAAAAGAUUAUACACACUGAACGUGAAAUUCAGGAAACAACAACCCGAACGGAACUCUCUGUCCUUGAUGGUAAUAUUUCGAUUGAGCAAUCUGAAAACUUAAGAGCUGAACAACAGAAUUCCGAAGAAAAACUAAAUGAAAAUCAAGAAGUGAAGAACGAAUCUGCUGAACUAGGUAAACUAACACCCGAAAACCCCGAUGCCAAUGCAAAAGACCUAGAAUCAUAUAAAGAAACGGCUCCGAUGGAAGAUAGUAAACUAGAAGGAGAGAUUGCGAAGUUGAAAACUGUAUCUGAACAAUCGGAGGAGAAAAUUCCUAUUCCAAUCGAAACUGAGUCUGUGCAAGCUGAAGAUGGUAAAUUCAUAGAUGAGACGACGGAAUCUUUAGACGAUGCAGAAGAUAAAAACAAAGCUGUUGAAAAAAUACUUGAUAUCACAGCAGGAAAUAAAUUGUCAACUUCACUUGAAAGCCCUCCUUUAUCCGAAAAAAAAGAAUCAACUUCUCUUGAAAAACAGCCUUCAUCAGAAAAAGAAAAGUCAACGUCACUUGAAAAACAGCCUUCAUUAGAAAAAGAAAAGCCAACGUCACUUGAAAAACAGCCUUCCUUAGAAAAAGAAAAGUCUACUUCAUUUGAUGAAAAACCUUCAGCUGAUAUAAACACCGAAGCAGAUCCUUUGCAAGAAUCCCAACAAGUCGAUGGGAAAAUGUCCAUGGGGAAAGCUGUUGUGGACUUACCUACAAAUAAGGUUGAGUCUGUUAACAGCCAAUUAGAAAAGAAUCCCACUUCUCAAGAAUUGGAGGACGUGCAAGCUGAAGCUAGUACCGACAAGGAAACGGGAGAACCAUUCAACUUUUCUGCUAAAAAACAGAGUGAACCUGAAGCAUCAAAUAAAACCAGCAAUACAAUAAGCAAAGAUAUCCCAGGCGAAGAUAGUAUAGAUCACACAAGAGUAAAACCAGUAUCUGAGAAAGUCAUUGAAAGUGUGGAUACCAGUGAUGUUGAUGCCGUUGUGCUUGAAGGUUCUUCAGAUGAUCCAGCCAAACCUGCUGUAACCGAACCGGAACUUAAAGAAGAAGUUAUCGAGGAUAAAGAUACUUUGAAGCCAAGACCCGAAAAUGAAUCACCCCAAAAUCCCGAAGUAAUUACUGCAGGUUUAGCGGAAGCUUCAGAGGAUCGUCUUGAUUCAGUGGAGGAUCCCCUUCUCCUUUCGCAAUCCGAUUUUGGUGGGCUCGUGCACUCUCUGGACAUCGCCUCAACUCAGGAACUGCUUAAUGCUUUCCUGCAAAACGAGAUUGAAUAUUCUUCUAAACAAGGACCGUUUCCAAGUGCUACACUUCUUGAAGAAGUUAUUGAGGAGCCUUGUAUAAAAAGAUCUGCUUCACUGGUCAAUGUUUCCGAAGGUGAAUCAGAACCGGACAUUGCUAGUCAGAAAGUCGAGAAUACAGAUUCUUCUUUAUCUGAAACUACGGGCUUGGACACACUAUCUGCAGAUACAAUAGACAAAGCCACUGUUAAGUUAUCCAAGCCCGAGGAAGUGAUUGAAAAAAUGUCUCAGCUUCGUGACUCAAAGUCCCACGAGAGGAUUUCCUCAGCAGAUCCCAAUUUCGAUGAGCCCAUAAUCCGACCCAUGAGUUCUCUGCAGGAGCAAACCAGUCUGGACAUCGAGGAUGGAGACAUCAUCGUAUACAACCGGCUGCAGCGGGAUGAAACUAGGGAGAGCUCUGCUCAAAGCGAUUCCGUGGUCUUUGGUGAUGCAGAGUCCGAAAAUAACCAAGAGACGGAGUUGCUUAAUGAGGAGGAAUCCGGUAGGGUGCAUUUGAUGAGGCACUACACCAUCGCAGGAGAUGAUCCGCGAGGACUAUUCCGAUCAGUGACCAUCGAUGAUGCUCUGAGUUAUGUGGAAAACGGAGCUAAUGCUAUGGGCGCGAGUAGUUUCUGUUUGGACGACGAAACCUCGGAGAACAUUCGAAAGAAGAUGAUGGCCUACUCGUUGUCUGAAACGGAUUCCGAUUACUUUGAUCCGAAAAAGGUCAGCAACGAGGACUUUGACAUAGACACGGCCAUGGCAGAUGCCAUGGGCACAUCCACUGAAACGGAAUCCACCAUUGUUUCGGCGGCCACUAAGAUCCAGGCUGGAGCUCGCGGCUUCCUGACCAGGCGACGAUUGCGGCGAGCUAGUGCUGGCACCAAGUCAUCCACGUUGGACACAAAGGCAUCCUUUGGCAACGAUGCGAUCAGCGAGUCCUUGGAACGAUUCAUCGAGGAGGAGGCGGCUAAGAAGAUACAAGCCGCAUACCGGAUGCACACACGAAAGCGAAAGGGUCAUGGUCAUAGCCGGAAAAUGGAAGGCAUCAGCUUGGAGAGCAACCUGGCCGCCAGACGCCAGAAGUUGCAGCGCGGGGAUGCACUUCGAAACGAUUCCACUCCGGAUGAUGAGCACAGUUUGAUGGUCAGUGCAGGCAAAGCCCCAAAGGGUGCUAAAACCCAGAGAAGCAAAACCGUUGGCGAGACAAAGUCUAGCGCUGACAUGGAAUUGAGGUGGCUGAAAAUGCGGCAGAAUUCAAUGCCCGUGCAAAUUGAUUGCGAAGUUUUCAGAGUAAUCCCCAAACAUAUGCGAAAACGCAUAAAAAGCGCCGAGGCGAACAAAAGAAAAUAAAGUAUACGAAUUUUAUA